UCAUUAAUAAAUCAUCCGAUUGUAACAGAUUCAACUUAUGUUGCAAUGGGUUCUAUAGCAAAUGGUGCUGGUAGCAGUAGUAGUAAUAGUAUUGGUAUGCCAAAUACUGGUAACAUAUUUACAGCAGAUAAUAAUGGAACAGAUUCUGGAAUAAAUUCAUUUUAUUUCUAUGAGACGGAGCAAUUUACAGUUCUUUGGAUUCUAUUUAUUGUUAUUGUAUUAGGUAAUACAGCAGUAUUGUUUACAUUAUUUAUGAAUAAAAACCGUAAAUCAAGGAUGAAUUUCUUUAUAAAACAAUUGGCCAUAGCUGAUUUAUGUGUAGGACUAUUAAAUGUAUUAACUGAUAUUAUUUGGCGUUUAACAAUAACAUGGAGAGCUGGUAAUGCUGCUUGUAAAAUAAUAAGAUUCUCUGAAUGCUGUAUAACAUAUGCAUCAACAUACGUUCUAGUCGCAUUAAGUAUAGAUCGUUAUGAUGCAAUAACUCAUCCAAUGAAUUUUUCAGGUUCAUGGCAAAGAGCAAGACGUUUAGUAAUAUUAGCUUGGGUAGUAAGUGCUAUAUUUUCAAUACCAAUAUUAUUUUUAUAUGAGGAGGCAAUUAUACAAGGACAAUCACAAUGUUGGAUUGAUUUAGGUUUAGCAUGGCGUUGGAAAUUGUAUAUGAGUUUAGUAUCAAUAACAUUAUUUUUUAUACCAACAAUUAUUAUAUCAGCCUGUUAUGCUAUAAUAAUCCGAACAAUAUGGGUAAAAGGAUCUGUAUUUAUACCAGCUGAAAGAGCUGGCAGAAAUAGCACUUGUAUGGCAUCACGUCGUGCUAGUUCACGUGGUAUUAUACCACGUGCUAAAGUUAAAACAGUUAAAAUGACAUUUGUUAUUGUAAUUGUAUUUGUUAUGUGCUGGUCACCAUAUUUUGUAUACAAUUUAUGGGAAGUUUUCGCUCAACCACCAAAAACACAAAAAAGUAUUGCAAUAUCAACAUUUAUACAAAGUUUAGCACCACUUAAUUCUGCUGCGAAUCCUUUAAUUUAUUGCCUAUUUUCAACACAAGUGUGUCGUGCUCUAAAACGAGUACCACCAUUUCGAUGGUUUUCAUGUUCAACAUGUUGUACAAAUCAAAGUAAUAAUAAUUCAUCACAACAUCGUUGUACAACUGUUAAUCAACGAUUACAUAAUAGCUGUGAUUCAAUGCGUACAUUAACAACAUCAUUAAAUGUUUCACGUAGAUCAAAUAAUUGUAUGAGGCCAGCACGUGUUGUUAUCGUUGAACGACCGAAAACAAUUUUAGCUAUGUCAGAAGUAUGAUAAUAAUUUAAUUAUUAAUAUAAUAAUUAAUAUUUUUAUUAAUGUAAAAAUUAAUAUUA